GCUUGAACCAUGACGGCGAUCAACACGUUCGUGACCAUGUGGCGGUUCCUGCUGACCCUGGGGCCCUCGGCCAUGGUCAUACUGUUGCUGAACAAGGGCAUCCUGGAGCAGAGGCCGGACAUUGUGGACGAGCCGCACCGCGUGCGCUCCAUUCGCAUCGAGGAUCUGCGCGACUCGUACGACUUCAUCGUGGUGGGCGGCGGCUCGGCGGGGUGUGUGCUGGCCGCCCGCCUCUCCGAGAAUCCCCAUUGGAGCGUGCUGCUCCUGGAGGCUGGCGGCGACGAGCCGCUGCUGAUCGAUCUGCCGCAGAUGUAUCCGGUGUUCCAGCGCAGCCCCUGGGACUGGAAGUACCAGACGGAGCCCUCGGACCGCUACUGCCUGGCCAUGGAGGACGGGCGCUGCUUCUGGCCGCGCGGCAAGGUGCUGGGGGGCUGCAGCUCCAUCAACGCCAUGAUGUACGUGCGCGGCAACCGGCGCGACUACGACCACUGGGCGGAGCUCGGCAAUCCCGGCUGGGAGUACGCCAAUGUCCUGCACUACUUCCGCAAGAUGGAGGACAUGCGGGUGCCGGGCUACGAGCACAGUCCCUACCACGGCCACGGCGGACCCAUCUCCGUGGAGCGCUACCGCUUCCCCUCGCCCCUGCUGGAGAUCUUCAUGCGGUCCGCCCAGCAGCUGGGGCUGGCCCAUCCCGACGGGGACUUCAACGGCCGCACCCAGACCGGCUUUGCCCCGCCCCACGGCACUCUGCGGGACGGGCUCCGGUGCAGCGCCAACAAGGGCUACAUGCGGCGCAGCUGGCAGCGCCCCAACCUGGACAUUGUGCUGAAGGCCUUCGUGGAGCGGCUGAUCAUCGAGCCGCAGUCCCGCCGGGCGGUCGGGGUCCUCUUCGAGUACGGCCUGGCGAAGCACACGGUGCGGGCCACUCGGGAGGUCAUACUCUCCGCCGGAUCCCUGGCCAGCCCCCAGCUGCUGAUGGUGAGCGGCGUGGGGCCCAGGGAGCAGCUCCAGCCGCUGGGCAUCGAGGUGGUGCAGCACCUGCCAGGCGUGGGGGGCAACCUGCAGGAUCACAUCUCCACCUCGGGCGCCAUCUACACCUUCGACAGCCACCAGGAGCGGCACCUCUCGUUCAUUGUGCCGGAGAUGCUCACCGAGGAGUCCGUGGACGCCUUCCUGCGGGGCGCCGACAGCUUCUUCUACGCGAUGCCCGUCAACGAGGUCAUGGGCUUCGUGAGCACCCGCUACCAGGACGUCCGCCUCGACUGGCCCGACGUCCAGCUCUUCAUGGGCAGCUACGGCUAUGGGGCCGACGGCGGCAUGGUGGGGCGCCGUGGAGCCGCCAUCACGCUGGAGAACUAUGCGGAGGCCUUCGAGCCGCUGCUCUACCAGGACUCGUUCGUCAUUGCGCCCCUGCUGAUGCGUCCCCGGUCGCGCGGCUUCGUCCAGCUGCGCUCCGCCGACGUCCGCGUCCAUCCCCGCAUCCACGCCAACUACUACGACGAUCCCCACGACAUGGCCGUCAUGGUGGAGGGCCUCAAGAUGGCCCACCGCCUCACCCAGACCCCCGCCAUGGCGGCCCUGAACGCCACCAUGAACAUCUACGAGUGGCGCAACUGUCCCGAGGUGGAGUACCUCAGCGACGCCUUCUGGGAGUGCCUGGCCCGGUUCUACUCGCAGACCAUCUACCAUCCCGUCGGCACCUGCAAGAUGGCCCCCGCCUCAGAUCCCUCGGGCGUUGUGGAUCCCCGCCUGCGGGUGCGCGGCCUCCGGGGCCUGCGUGUGAUCGAUGCCAGCAUCAUGCCCACCAUUCCCACCGGCAACACCAAUGCCCCCACUCUCAUGCUGGCCGAACGGGGUGCGGACAUCAUCAAGGAGGACUGGCGGCACUACACCAAUGGUGGGUGGUAGGCAGGUGCAGGGUCCAA